CACGUGGUCCCACCCGGAAGGGCGCCUGGGCUUGGCUACAUGCCGGGCGGUGCGAGCGGCGGAUCUGCCCUUCUCCAGGUAGUGCACUCUCAGGAGCAGGCAGCAGAGGAGACCUGAGCCUCUGCAUGCUUAUGCGCCCUCUGCCUUAAGCAUUUGCAGGACCGAGGAUGCUGGGCCUGUGUUCCCUCAACUGGUCAGAGUCUAGCUCCCUGGAAGCAUUGCUGUGUGCCUUGCCAAGAUGAGGUGCGUGUUGGUGGCCACUGAGGGCGCAGAGGUCCUCUUCUACUGGACGGAUGAGGAGUUUGAGAAGACUCUCCGGAUGAAAUUCAGGCAGUCAGAGAAUGAGGAAGAGGAGCUCCCAGCGCUGGAGGACCAGCUCAGCACCCUGCUGGCCCCGCUCAUCAUCUCCUCCACGACGAUGCUGGAGAAGCUCUCAGACACCUACACCUGCUUCUCAACGGAAGAUGACAAGCACCUGUACGUCCUGCAUCUGUUUGGAGAGUGCCUGUUCAUCGCCAUCAAUGGAGACCACAGCGAGAGCGAGGGGGACCUCCGGCGGAAGCUGUGUGUGCUCAAGUACCUGUUCGAGGUGCACUUCGGCCUGGUGACCGUGGAUGCCCAGCUCAUCCGGAAGGAGCUUCGUCCCUCCGACCUGGAACAGCGUGCCCGGGUGUGGAAGCACUUUCAGAGACUGCUGGGGACCUACAGCCACCUGCGGGAACAGGAGCAGAGCUUUGCCGUGGAGGCAGUGGAGCGGCUAAUUCACCCCCAGCUCUGCGAACUGAGCAUUGAGACCCUAGAGCGACACGUGGUUCAGGCUGUGAACUCCAGCGCUGAGCGAGGCGGUGAAGAGGCCCUGCAUGCCUUCCUGCUUGUGCACUGCAAGCUGCUGGCUUUCUACUCCAGCCACGGUGCAAGCACCCUGCGCCCUGCAGAUCUCCUGGCCCUCAUCCUUCUGGUUCAGGACCUCCAGCUCACCCAAGGCACCGAAGAGGAGGAGGAUGCCGACAGCGACAGCCCUCAGCAUUUCCCCCAGAGGAGACCCCUGAGCAGCCAAAACAUCCCAGUCCAGCAGGCUAGGAGCCAGAACACCUCAGGCCCCACCAGGCGUUCUGAGGAGACGGACAUAGACAGCACUUCCCUCCCUGAGGAGUACUUCACCCCGGCUCCUUCCCCAGGCGAGCAGAGUUCAGGAAGCCUCGUCUGGCUGGAUGGUGGUACCCCGCCCACCGAUGUGCUUCAGAUGGCUGAGGACACCCUCCAGGACCUGGUGCCAAAUGCCUCGGAACUUCCCAGCCCCAGAAGGAUCUUCCUGGAUGCCAACAUAAAAGAAAGCUACUGCCCCCUAGUGCCCCAUACCAUGUACUGCCUGCCCCUGUGGCCGGGCAUCAACAUGGUGCUGCUGACCAAGAGUCCCGGCACUCCACUGGCCCUGGUCCUGUACCAGCUGCUAGAUGGCUUCUCCCUGCUGGAGAAAAAGCUGAAGGAGGGUCAGGAGGCUGGAAGUGCCCUGCGGUCCCAGCCCUUUGUUGGAGACCUGCGCCAGAAGAUGGACAAAUUUGUCAAGAAUCGAGUUGGACAGGAGAUUCAGAACACUUGGCUGGAGUUUAAGAGCAAGGCCUUUUCUAGAAGUGAACCAGGGUCAUCAUGGGAGCUGCUCCAGGCCUGUGGAAAGCUGAAGCGGCAGCUGUGUGCCAUCUACCGGCUCAGCUUCCUGGCCACUGCGCCCAGCAGGGGAGGCCCACACCUGCCCCAGCACCUGCAGGACCAAGCCCAGAAGGUCAUGAAGGAGCGGCUGCAGGACUGGAAGGACUUCCUGCUGGUGAAAAGCCGGAGGAACAUCACCAUGGUGUCCUACCUGGAGGACUUCCCAGGCCUGGUCCACUUCAUCUAUGUGGACCGUACAACCGGGCAGAUGGUGGCGCCUUCCCUCAGCGACAGUCAUAAGAUGUCUUCUGAAUUGGGCAAGGGGCCCCUGGCUGCCUUCGUCAAAACCAAGGUCUGGGCUCUGGUCCGGCUGGCUCGCAGGUACCUGCAGAAGGGCUGCACCACGCUGCUGUUCCAGGAAGGGGACUUCCGCUGCUCCUACUUCCUGUGGUUCGAGAAUGACAUGGGUUACAAACUGCAGAUGAUCGAGGUGCCUGUCCUCUCAGAUGACUCAGUCCCCAUCGGAGUGCUGGGAGGGGAUUACUACAGGAAGCUCCUGCGCUACUACAGCAAGAGCCGGCCCUCGGAAUCCAUCAGGUGCUAUGAGCUGCUGAUGGUGCACCUGUCCGUCAUCCCCACGGAGCUGCUAGUGCAGCAGGCCAGCCAGCUGGCCCGGCGCCUGGGGGAGGCCUCCCGGGUGACGCUGCCCUAGGCCGGAGAGCUCUGUCCUCUCCCGAUCCCAAGCCAGCGUGCUUGCAGGCAUUUCCCACAGCUAGGCCUCCUCCCAGCAGCUCCUACAUGAGGGACGGACACCCCAGAACAGCCCGGGUUCCCUCACAGCCCGCUGUUGACUCCUCCACGAAGGCUAAUGGGCAAGCCUUCUCUGAAGGGAGGGGUGCCAUGUUUCCAUUGGCCUCCAACACUGUGCGGUCAGAGAUGGCAGCAGCUUCUCGGGAGAGCUGCCGCCUGGGUGCCCAGGAGAGUGGGGCAAAGUCUUUAGUACUCAGGCUGCGUAAAGUCACCCCUUCCUACCAUUCUGAGUGGGGAGCUGUUUCCUACCCCAAAUGAAAGGUGCUCUCACCAGCUGGUCAGCGUUCCAGCUUGGCUCCCUUCCCCUGCGACUCUGGGUGAGUCCAGUUGCCUCCCAUUUGAACUGAUAACACCCGCCUCUCAGGUGGGCAGGAGGAUUGCUGAACGCACAGCAGGUGCUCAAUAAACGUUAGUUCUUGAUAUUA